AUGUCGAGCUUGUGGAAUCGACGGGCUUUGGCACAGCGCUGGCACGGGCUUCUCACUAACAGAGCGAGCGUACGUACUCACAGGCUCUAUCUUGACCCGCCUGUAGAGGUCCCUCGUGGGGCUGUUCGUCACAGCAGCCAGACGUCGGCUGGGCUGAGUCGAACAAAAUCAAGAGUUCCUAAGUCAUACUUGGCGGCAGCCCUCAGCUCCAUUCUCGGCGCUUCUCUCGGGUACUAUGCCGCUACAAGCAAUACAGCCAAGUCGCCAGAAGUCUCCACUUCGGGAUUGAACGACAAUUAUGGCACACCCGAGGACUUCCAGAAAGCCAUCGAGGAGCUGCGGACAACUUUCCCCAAAGAGGGUACUGUGACCACCGAUUCCGAGGACCUCCGGAUACAUGGCCAUUCUGAGAAUGACUACCAUCCAGGGUCCUGCCCGUCAGUCGUCGUCUACCCGGAUUCUACAGAUGAUGUCGUGAAGAUAGUCAAGAUUGCAAACAAGUACAAAAUACCUGUCAUUCCUUACAGCGGCGCGACGAGCUUGGAAGGAAACUACAGAGCUCCGAAAAUCGGCGGCAUAUGUGUCGAUGUAUCUGGAAUGGACCGGAUUAUUGAGAUACACGAGGCCGAUUCCGAUAUUGUAUGUCAGCCGGGGGCGCAGUGGAUGCACAUCAAUGACACAUUAAAGAAAAUGGGCAUCCCACUCUUCUUCCCCCUUGAUCCAGGGCCUGGGGCUACAAUCGGCGGAAUGGUUAGCACGGGUUGUUCCGGCACCAACGCGGUUCGCUAUGGAACGGCGAAGAGCGAAUGGUUCCUUAACGUCACAGUUGUGCUUCCUAAUGGUGAGGUGGUCAAAACACGUCGCCGCUCGCGCAAAUCCUCCGCCGGAUUUGACACGACUAAGCUAUUUAUCGGCGCGGAAGGAACCCUGGGGAUCAUCACUGAAGUUACGGUUCGUCUAACACCGCUGCUUCCAACGACAGUCGCGGUCUGCCAGUUCCCGGAUGUACGCAAAGCGGCUGAGGCCGUGAUCGAGAUCAUGAACAAUGGUGUCGGGAUUCAAUGCGUCGAGCUCUGCGACGAUGACUUUAUGCGCGCGACGAACCUGUACGGCCAGUCUGCACGCAAGUACCCAGAGAAGGACAGCCUCUUCUUCAAGUUCCAAGGGCCCACGCCGCGCGCAAUCCAGGAGUCGGCAGACAUCGUGAAGGCUAUCGCGAAGAAGCACGGAGGGACUGGGUUCGAGCUCGCCCGGAAUGAAAAGCAGGCGGCGGACCUCUGGAUGGACCGCAAGAACGCGCUAUACUCCGGCUUAGCGUUAGUAGACGGCGCUCGAGGGUGGAGCACGGAUGUAUGUGUUCCGGUGUCUCGGCUCCCAGAUCUUGUCUAUGAGACCAAGAAGGAUAUCAAGGAUCAUGGUCUGGUGUCAACGAUUGUCGGACAUGUCGGUGAUGGAAACUUCCACUCGCUUUUGCUAUUCAAGACGGAUGAGGAACAGGAAAUCUGCCGACACGUCGUACACAGGAUGGUGGAACGCGCGAUCGCAAUGGACGGGACAUGCACUGGAGAGCAUGGCGUCGGGAUCGGGAAGCGGAGAUACCUUAUUGACGAGCUUGGUGAGAGUACUGUCGAGCUGAUGAAGACCAUCAAACGCGCCAUCGAUCCACACAACCUGCUCAACCCCGGCAAGGUACGUCUCCCUGAGAUUCCUUGUAAGAUAUAUGUUAAUGAACUGUUUUGA